CAUUUGGUCGGAUACUGAAUUGGUGACACUUAUCUUGGGUGUGCACCUUGAAACUGUGGCGAUUGUAUAGAUCUUCUGUGCUGCCGGAUUGAAGAUGUGUGUGAAACAUCCGGCAUCCAUUUAGAAUUUGAAGCUUCUUUGCAGCAACAUCCAUAUUUGAAGUAUUGUCUACUGCCAUGGCUACAACAUUGUGCUCUAUCAGAAUGUGUUUGUUAUGUUACGUUUUAUCGCUGCUAAGCAACAUCUGGAUCUUUGGGUUGUACAGGAACGUUAGCUUUAGCAUUUAGCAAACAACAACUGAAAAAAACCCCAUAAGCGUUACGGGUCGUGUUGCUGUUUCUGUAACAGUUUAGCUAGCAGGCAACGUAGAAACUGAAUACUGGGCGUUUUUAUAAAACACUGGUGUGAUUAUUUAGAGAAUAAAACCAUUCAAAUUGCUUUUAAUAACAGUAAAUCAAAAUAUCAGCUCAAACUAAAGAGGUUUAUCUACAUCUGUUGCCAUGAUGGACGCCUGGCAAACGAAAUCACUGACAACUUAAUUUCAUUCAAGUCACUCUGUAGCUGGAGCUGUGGUGUCCACACUGAGAGAAAUGGCCUCCCUCAUUCACAACGAUUUUAGCAGAGCUGGUAACAUUUCAGCCCUGAAAGACUCUUUGGAUGAAACCCAAGGAGACGAGGGUGUUGGCCCUGGGGGAAUGAGGACCCUUGAGACAGGACAGUUGCAGUCUAGCCCAAACUAUGCCAGUGAUGACUGUUCCAGUGCUACUUCUGUGUCUGCAUCCAGCUGCACUACUGGAUCCCCUGGAGCCCUCUCUUGCUCCAGGGACAAUGCCCUUGAUUGUGCCCAGGCCUCAGGUGUUUAUGCUGUACUCCAUGAGAUCCAAGAGCUCAAGGACAACCAAGUUCAACUUGAGGAGUCCUUUGAAAACUUAAAAUCCUACUACCAGCAAAACUAUACCGUGAUCAUGGAGACCCUACAAAAGGAACAAAACAGGUGUGAUCUUAUAGAACAGCAGCUCAGUGACUUGACAGAACUACAUCAGAAUGAAAUUGGGAACUUCUAUAAGAAGCUAGCCGACAUGGAGGAGAAUAUUGCUCAUCAGUCCUAUUUUAGAGUGGCAGACAUUGAUGAGGCACUGCAGGCAUGUCAGACACAUCUCUUCAAGCUGGAGCAGGAGCAGCAACAGAAGGUGGUGCAGCCUGAGAGUUUGCAGAAUACCACAGCACGGACUCUUCUUGGAAAACUUAUCAAUGUGCUGCUAGCUGUCUUGGCGGUCCUUUUGCUGGUGGUGUCCACUGUGGCUAACUGUGUUGCUCCCUUUAUGAAAACAUACUGCCGUAUGUUUUCCACACUGCUUUUUGUAGCCCUCUUCUUCCUCUGGUGGCACUGGGAUGCCUCUUCAGAGUAUCUGCAUCAUUUUUUGCUGCACAUGACAUCCUGAAUAGGGAAGCAGUCAAUUAAAUUGUCUCAACUCAGGCAUUACUCUGGAGUCUUUAUCAGGACUCUAGUUGAAAAGUGUUCAGCAUAUGACACCCUCUAUCCUUAGACCAACUCAACUCCAGUGUGACAGUUUGUAUUAAAAGGCUAGUUUAUUUGAAGCUACAACUACUAUGUCCUGACAUUGCAAGCAGAAUAAAGGUAUAAUGCUCUA